AAAAAAUAUAAGUAAUAAAAAUGGCAUUAUACAAAGCUUUUAUAUGCAUUCUACUCUUCACAAUAAACGCAUCAUUAAUUUUAUGUCAAACUUCAAGACAACUCGAUGCUUCCAUUUCAAACCGGGAACAAUCAACAUUACCAAGUUCUUUAUUGCAACCUACAAACUUCGGUGGUCCCCCAACAUUUUCCACACUGCAGUCUUCUACAAUUUCUCCAGCUGCUACACAGGCAAUGCUGCAAAGUUUUCGAAAAAUUUCCGAAGGUGCUCAACAAUUUUCCAUGGAUUUGUUCACGAAGUUCUCUGAAAUUUUUGAUCGUAGUAAUGCAAAAGCAGAUCUAAUGAUAUCACCAUUUUCUGUUUGGGCAUUAUUAUUGCUCCUAGUUGAAGGAUCUGCUGGCAAUACAUUAAACGAACUGCGAAAAACUUUACAUAUUGACACUGACCAACAAGCACUGCGAAAUGCGUUUAGUGUAGUACAAAAAUAUCUCACCAUCAAUACAAACACUAUUGAAGUAGCAAGUUUGCAAGCAGUUUUUUCUGAUAUCAACCAACCUGUUGAUCGAGAUUUCGAGAGCGUUAUUGAACGCUAUUAUGGAUCGGUUAUAAUAACAACAGAUUUUCAUGAUGUAGUCUCUACUUUUAAUCUAAUUAAUAAAUUGGUUAAAGAAGCUACAAGAGGUUUAAUAAAUCACACAGUGUCUUCAAAAGAUUUAGAAAAUGCUAAUUCCUUUCUGGUGUCAUCUUUAUUUUUCAAAGGUCAAUGGAAGUAUCCCUUUAAUAGAACUAUUACACGUCCGGAAAUGUUUUAUGAUGAAUCUGGAAAUCCAAUUGGUGAGGUUUCAAUGAUGGUACAAGAAGCGAAUUUCAACUUUGCAGGCAUUAAUGAACUGGAAGCUCAUGUUCUAGAGCUUCCAUACGGAAAGGAAAAUCGAUUAUCAAUGUUAGUAAUUCUUCCAAGAAAAGGGGUCACUACGCAUAAAGUAGUUCAGAAUUUACGAAGCUAUGGUAUUUCAAACAUUUUUCAAAAACUGAACGAGUCGAAAAUUGGCUACGAAGAGGAGAAUGUUGAAGUACUGUUUCCUAAAUUUUCAACAAGUUCUGAUUUUAAAAUGAUGCCAAUUUUACAAGAGAUGGGCAUGAAUGAUAUAUUUGAUCCAGCCGUUGCAAAUCUUUCAAAAAUUUCGAAUAACUUUUUUGUAUCAAGCAUAAUCCACACAACAAAAAUAGUUGUGGACGAAGAAGGAACAACAGCUGCAGCUAUUACAGGAUCAGUGCUUGCUAAUAAAGCAACUCCACCCAAGUUUUAUCUAAACCGUCCAUUUAUUUAUUUAAUUAUGGAAAAGAAAACAAACUUAUUACUUUUUGCUGGAUGGAUAAAAAAUCCGAAUAAUUAUAAAUAUUAGUUUAUAAUAAAGUUCAUAAAUUUAUUAAA